AUGUCGAGGAAAUCGCCAAAUGGUUCCCAGCUGUUAACCCCAAGUCCAGAGGCCACUGUAGGCACCCUGGCACUCCGAAAGCCCGCGCCUCGGACCACGACCGCCCCCCGAGGCCGGACUGGAUGCGUGACCUGUCGCAUGCGACGUGUCAAAUGUGACGAAACAAAGCCCGUUUGCCGACGCUGCCAAACUUCAAGGCGAACGUGUAGCUAUGGUAUUUUGCAGCAACCAAGACAGCCAAACCCGGUAGAGAUACAAGCUGCUCUACUUCGUCAAAGCCAAGCAGGCCCGUCGUUACGAGCAACGCCCCCUACAGACGCCGGACGCACUAUUAGCAUUUUUCACAACGAACACUCUCUUCUGCGGGCCAGAGAUUGGGACUAUGUCGAUGCUUGGAGAUAUUAUGUCCAAGUCGUAUGUCAACGGUUUGUAGCGGUCAAGGAAGAUCUCGAAUGUGUACACGACGGCAUGCGCGACUACGACAAGAACGCAGUAAUACUUAUAACCCUUUCCGACUAUGUCAGCACAGUUUCCAAAGCUCAAAAAUGUCUACCGGAAGAAGGACAGCUUGUAGCCCUUAAUCCCGUCUGGCGCACGCUUUGGCAGUAUGUCCAGGCGACGCUGCAAUGCAUCAAUGCGAAUAUGCAAUCUACCAGUUAUCGCAACAAGUCUACCGCUUUAUUUCGAAUCACGGAUCUGACAGCAACUGAGUUUCGACUGCUGGGAACAGCGUGGCAGCCUCACAUGCGUGGCUAUUUUGCUCUAAUGCAACAUGGAGAGGGAUAUGUGCCUUUGAUUGAAAAGUUUCCAUUUUUGCGAGCAUCGUUGAAUUGGAUGCUAAACGCCGCAGUGGCUGCCAACAGCCAUAGCCCACCGAAUAAUCAAAUCACCGAAAUAUACAACUGGGAUUUCGAUACCCUUCGCGCCAUUCGAGGCACACGAAUCGAUGGCUUCUUUCCCUGCCCAGGAAACUUAUUCAUUGACAUAAUACGAAUCACACGGCUGCGGACGCUGUUGGCGAGUGGCGCAUCAUUGCGACGAACAGUUACUCCGGCUGCACAAGCCAUUUUUGACCAGGCGGCAAGUUAUAUAUCUGACGAAUGGGUCGAGCUUUGUGGGCCGACGGAAAUGAUCCCUGAGAACCGGUCAAUCUUCUCUCUGUUUCAAACAGCCGUGAUUCUGUAUGGUGUUUUGUCGCUAUCCCCACGAAAUGCGAGCUUCCAGAUAUACCGGCAGUCAAGACAGGAGCUUCGAGAUUUGCUCAUGGCCAAGAUGCGGUAUCACAUGCAAUACGAAAAUGCAGCUGCUCAUUUGAGUUGGGCUGUCUCAGUGGUAGUUGUUGCGCUAUCUGACGGAUCUCAAGCAGAUAAACAGUUUAUCGAAGGUCUGGUAAUGAACGAGCGAAAAGACCGAGGCGAAUAUUAUGUACCAUUGGCGUUUUUGAAAAAGUAUAGAGAUUUUUGGGCUUCUGGUAAGACUCAUUGGGAUGACAUGUAUCCUGAGGCAACGGCGCCUUUAGGUAUUUAG